AUUUGUGAUUAAAUUCAUUUCAAGUAAUUAUGAUGAAUAGAAGACCAUCAGGAUUUUCAAAACCUCCUAUAAUUGGAUCAAGAUCUGUUUUAAUUGCUAUUGAUGGUUCAGAACAUUCAAAAAAAGCAUUUCAAUAUUAUUUAAAAUGGUUACAAAGACCAGAUGAUUCAAUAACAAUAUAUCAUGCUGUAGAACCAGUAUCAUUACCAACUAUCUCAUUAUCUAAUCCAAUUAGUAUACCAAGUGAUGAAUGGUCAAAUAUUGUUGAAGUAAAUGUAAAACGUGUACGUGAAUUAGAAAAUGAUUAUAGUGCUGAUUGUUUAGCACAUAAUUUAACAUAUCAAUUUUUAUAUGAAUCAGUUAAUCAUAUCGGGGAAUCAAUUAUUAAAAAAGCGGAACAAAUGAAUGCAUGUUUAAUAAUUAUUGGUAGUCGUGGUUUAGGUGCUAUAAAACGUACAAUUAUGGGUAGUGUUAGUGAUUAUGUUGUACAUCAUGCAAAUACAACAAUUUGUGUUGUACCAUGGAUUGAGGAAAUUUCACAGAACACAUCAUAAUUCAUUAAUAUGUUUUACACAUAAUCAAAUAUUUAGUAUAUAUAUAUAUAUAUAUAUAUA